CGCUCUAGGCGGGGGGAGGGUUUAUUCUCGCUCCUCGCGAGUCCUCCCGGUUCUUCCGCUCCGCUUCCGGUUCCGCCGCCGCCCCCACAGCGGUGUGUCCGUCCCGCCGCCGUGUUUUAAGGAACUGGAACCAUGACGGACUCCAAAUACUUCACAACCAAUAAAAAAGGAGAGAUUUUUGAACUGAAGGCUGAACUUAAUAAUGAAAAGAAAGAGAAGAGGAAAGAAGCUGUAAAGAAGGUUAUUGCAGCCAUGACCGUGGGGAAGGAUGUCAGCUCACUCUUUCCUGAUGUUGUGAACUGCAUGCAGACCGACAACCUGGAGUUGAAGAAGCUGGUCUACCUGUACCUGAUGAACUACGCCAAAAGUCAGCCAGAUAUGGCGAUCAUGGCUGUUAACAGCUUCGUGAAGGACUGUGAAGACCCAAACCCUCUCAUCCGUGCUCUCGCCGUCCGUACGAUGGGAUGCAUCAGGGUUGACAAGAUCACUGAGUAUUUGUGUGAGCCUCUUCGCAAGUGUCUGAAGGAUGAAGACCCGUAUGUACGAAAGACUGCAGCUGUCUGUGUGGCGAAGCUGCAUGACAUCAAUGCCCAGAUGGUGGAGGACCAAGGAUUUCUGGAUUCACUGCGUGACCUGAUUGCAGACUCCAAUCCCAUGGUGGUAGCAAACGCUGUGGCUGCCUUGUCAGAAAUCAGUGAAUCUCAUCCCAACAGCAACCUGCUGGAUUUGAACCCUCAGAACAUUAACAAGCUGCUGACAGCUUUAAAUGAGUGCACGGAGUGGGGCCAGAUCUUCAUCCUGGACUGCCUGUCCAACUACAACCCGAAGGAUGAUCGCGAAGCUCAGAGUAUUUGUGAACGGGUGACCCCUCGGCUGUCUCAUGCCAACUCGGCAGUGGUGCUGUCAGCAGUGAAGGUCUUGAUGAAGUUCCUGGAACUUCUUCCCAAGGACUCUGACUAUUACAACAUGCUGCUGAAGAAACUUGCCCCUCCGCUGGUGACUCUGCUGUCUGGAGAGCCUGAAGUUCAGUAUGUUGCCCUGAGGAACAUCAACUUGAUUGUGCAGAAAAGGCCUGAAAUCCUGAAGCAGGAAAUCAAGGUGUUCUUCGUGAAGUACAACGACCCCAUCUAUGUCAAACUGGAGAAGCUGGACAUCAUGAUCCGCCUAGCUUCUCAAGCAAACAUUGCCCAGGUCCUGGCAGAGCUUAAGGAAUAUGCUACUGAGGUGGACGUUGACUUUGUGCGUAAGGCUGUCCGAGCAAUUGGGCGCUGUGCCAUCAAGGUUGAGCAAUCUGCAGAGCGCUGCGUGAGCACACUGCUAGACCUCAUCCAGACCAAGGUCAACUAUGUGGUCCAGGAGGCCAUUGUGGUCAUCAGAGACAUCUUCCGCAAGUACCCUAACAAGUAUGAAAGCAUCAUUGCCACUCUGUGUGAGAACCUAGAUUCCCUGGAUGAACCAGAUGCCAGAGCUGCCAUGAUCUGGAUAGUGGGCGAAUAUGCAGAAAGAAUUGACAAUGCAGAUGAGCUGUUGGAGAGUUUUUUGGAGGGCUUCCAUGAUGAAAGUACUCAGGUGCAGCUCACCCUGCUGACUGCUAUAGUGAAGCUGUUCUUAAAAAAGCCUUCGGAGACACAGGAGCUGGUUCAGCAGGUCCUCAGCCUGGCCACGCAGGAUUCUGACAACCCAGACCUGCGGGAUCGUGGCUACAUCUAUUGGCGCCUUCUCUCCACGGAUCCAGUGACUGCCAAAGAAGUGGUCCUGUCAGAAAAGCCACUUAUUUCUGAAGAGACCGAUCUGAUUGAACCGACUUUGCUAGAUGAGUUGAUCUGCCAUAUUGGGUCUCUGGCUUCUGUGUACCACAAACCACCCAACGCUUUUGUGGAGGGGAGCCAUGGGAUCCACCGCAAACACUUGCCAAUUCACCAUGGAAGCACUGAUGCAGGCGAUAGCCCUGUGGGCACAACAGCCACUACAAACCUGGAGCAGCCGCAGGUCAUUCCAUCGCAGGGUGACCUUCUGGGUGACCUUCUCAACCUGGACCUGGGACCCCCAGUGAAUGUUCCUCAAGUCUCCUCCAUGCAGAUGGGUGCUGUGGACCUCCUGGGAGGAGGGCUGGACAGCUUGCUUGGCAGUGACCUUGGCGGGGGCAUUGGAGGAAGCCCGGCAGUGGGGCAGACCUACAUUCCCUCCUCUGUGCCAGCCACCUUUGCCCCGUCACCCACCCCAGCGGUGGUGAGCAGUGGACUCAAUGAUCUCUUCGAGCUCUCAUCUGGUAUAGGCAUGGCUCCUGGAGGAUAUGUGGCUCCGAAGUCUGUUUGGUUGCCUGCAGUGAAGGCUAAAGGAUUGGAGAUCUCAGGCACGUUCAGUCACAGGCAGGGACACAUCUACAUGGAGAUGAACUUUACCAAUAAGGCUUUACAGCACAUGACUGACUUUGCCAUUCAGUUCAAUAAGAACAGCUUUGGGGUCAUCCCGAGCACCCCACUGGCCAUUCACACACCUCUGAUGCCAAACCAAAGUAUUGACGUCUCCCUGCCCCUCAACACUCUGGGACCAGUCAUGAAAAUGGAGCCUCUGAACAACCUCCAGGUGGCUGUGAAAAACAACAUUGAUGUCUUUUACUUCAGCUGCCUAAUUCCUCUCAAUGUGCUUUUCGUAGAGGAUGGCAAAAUGGAGCGCCAGGUCUUCCUUGCAACAUGGAAGGAUAUUCCAAACGAAAAUGAGCUUCAGUUCCAGAUUAAAGACUGUCACCUGAAUGCUGACACUGUCUCCAGCAAACUGCAGAACAACAAUGUCUAUACCAUUGCCAAGAGGAACGUGGAGGGCCAGGACAUGCUCUACCAGUCUCUGAAACUCACCAAUGGCAUCUGGAUCUUGGCCGAGCUUCGCAUUCAGCCAGGGAACCCGAACUACACGCUCUCCCUGAAAUGCCGAGCUCCCGAAGUGUCCCAGUACAUCUACCAGGCCUACGAUGCCAUCUUGAAAAACUAACAGGAGAUCAGCCUGUGCCUCACCCUGCAGAAGGAGGGGGGAGAAAGGGGUCCCCAGAUCCUCCUUCACCACUGGCGCGGGGAAAAGCACUCUUAACUGGAAGCAGCUGUAUUCAUGUGUAGGAUUUCAGUCAAAGGCACUGAUUAAACAAGGUAGCAAUUAGUAUCCACGUGCUAAUGAUGAUAGGGAACAAACCCCUUUGAUAUUUUUAGCGUCCAUGGAGUUUGUAACCACUGCUUCAACUACUCCCACGUCCCCCUUGCCCCUCACUCGUUGUCCGUUCUUGUGGGCUUCUCCAUUUUGUGCCAAUGUUCGGUGUUUUCUAAAUGGCUUUAGGCGUAGUUACAAUUUUGUAAAAUACCGCUCAUUGAAAAAAAAACAAGCAAAAACCACACGUCGGCUCAUUAAAACAAGGCAAAAGUGUCGAAAA